AUGUCAGUUCUUCAUAGAGCAUUAUUUACUUGGUUCACUCUUCUUGUGUUUUUAAUUUUAUUGGUUUUACGAGUGGAUAAUCGCACGCAGUGGAAUUGGUUUGUGGUUUUCAUUCCUGUUUGGAUAUUUAAUGCCAUAAUUUUAAAUUAUUCAGUUAUAGAUACUGUUUCUUUUUGUAAAAGCAGAAGAUUCAAUAGACAUGUUGAUGUAUCAAUGAAUCUGUAUUUAGUUACAAUGAUUGUUCUCAAAUUGGCAUUUGAAAUAAUGUUGUGUUUAAAAUUAGAAUAUCCUUCAAUAAAUCUAUCUACAGUUUAUAUUGUUUUACCCCUGUGGAUAAUAUUACCAAAACCAUUGUAUUUAUCUUCAUUAAAAUUUAAUGAAUCUUCUGUUUGGUGUGUGAAAGAACAAAAUAAUGAUUCCGUUUUGAAAGGAUUUCAAGAUAUUUAUUUUAUGCAAAAAAUACAACUGUCCUCUAUCCUGUUUCACAAUCAAUUUUAUGCUAAUAUAACUGUUGUGGAAAAUUAUGAUUAUUUUUUAAGUAAAAAAGUAGUUAUAUUUGAAAAAAAAGGAUUUUUGAUUUCAAGAAUUAAACCUGAUAACAUCAUGCAUGUUAUUCAUGAUGAUUUAUUUCCUUUGUUUUUAACCCUAGAAUUUUUAUGCAUGAAAAAUGAUGUUUGCAUGCAAAGUUUUAAACUGAUAUUUCACGAUAAUUUUCCGACAGGACCAUUUUUCGACUUGUAUAAAAUAUUUUCUAAAGGAAAUCCAAUUUUAUUACCUCAACUACUUUUACAUAAUAAUAACCAAAUCUUGUGCAUAGAGGAAAUGCAUGCUGGAUUAAUUCUUGAUAGUAUAUGGUAUCAGUAUGGUUUCAACGAACCUCAUGGUCCUGUUAACAAUUUUUUUUUAAACAAUCAUGACAUUGUAAGGUUUACUUCUUACAUCAAAACCAAACUUAAUGUCCAUUCAAACUCGACUAAAAACCCAGACAUUGUAAUAAUAAGCAGAGAAAAAACUAGGAAAAUUUUAAAUGUAAAUGAAGUUACAGAAAAGGUAAAAAAUAUUAUGAAAAAAUUACUGAGAAAAAACGAAAUAAAUGUCAUGUGCAUUGAUUUACUUAACAGUAAUUUUACCUUUUUUAUUAAAAUAUUAUCGAAUUGUGAUUUAGUAAUUGGCAUGCAUGGUGCUGAAAUGAUUUUUACCAUUUUUAUGAAACCACAUUCUUUAAUAAUCGAAUUAUUUCCUUUUGCCAUUCAAUCUGACAUUGUAUCUUUUAUUAAACCUAUCACAAAAUAUAAAAACAACCAACUAUUUUAUUUUUCAUGGGAAAAUAAAUUUAAAAAUAAUUCAGUACCACAUCCAAAUGCUCAUCCAUUAUUAGGAGGAAUAAAACAUUUAAAUAUGAUAGAACAAGAAAAAAUAAAAAAUACUCAAAAAGUACCCGCCGUUAUUUGUUGCAACGAUCCAAAUUAUUUAUAUCACAUGUACCAAGAUACUUGGAUGUUAAAAAUUUAUCAGAGAACGGAUUAG